UUGAUUUCGCGAUGGAGUGUUGGACGUGUUCGUAAAAAUAUCACAAAAAUCCCUUUUUAUUUACUCGUAAUGCUGUCAGCAGUUUGAUUCCAAAUAACAAAUACGAUUAUGUUAGUUUCGUGUAGUGUUUUGUUUAGUUUUAAUUCGCUGGGGAAACAUGGACGAGGAGCUUAACGAAAAUGAGUUGGAGGAACGGCUCUAUGCCAUGCUGCAUUAUGUGGACGAGACACAGGCUAACGUAAAGGCAACUGAAGAAAGUGAGACCAUUAAUAUCGUAGAGAAUGCCCAGCGAAGCACCAUACGUCGUUAUUGGCGCACGAGUGGCGAUUACACCACGCCGCCAACAUCGACGCAGUACCAAAAAAAUAAUGUACCAAAAGAACCUCCAACCAACAAGACAGUAAAUAAUUCUAUUCCACAACAACCAAAAGAGGAAAAAAGUGUAUCACCAACAACAGAUCAGUCAAUAUUUCAGCCACAACCAAGGAUUAUUCAGAAGACCAUUGAAAUCUUGGAUAAUGAGGAGCCCAUCAAGUCAGUUGAACUUGAAUCAAGUGAUGAGGAUGAAGUUAUUGAAGUAGCAUUGCCACCUAAACCCACUAUAACCAUUGAAAGUUCAGAUGAUGAUGAUGUAUGUAUUGUCACAAAAUCUGCUUCACCAGCUCAAGAUCAAAAGGAGGAAGGACCUAAAGCAAAUGUUGAUAGAGAAUCAACAAGCCCUGUCCCGUCUGUAGUUUCCUCAGUGUCUGAUGAUUUUAUCCGUGGAGACUGCAUUGCUUUGAAUAUUUCAUCUCGCCACGCAGACAACCAUACUUUUGAUUUCAGCCUCCAUGGUUCUGAUUUGCUGGAACAAACAACACCAUCAAAAAAAAGAAAGAAGAAGAAAGGUAAAGAAAUAACUGCAUCGACACCUGUGGCAGUAACAAACACGAGUCCCAAUGAGUGCUUUGCUACACCGAAAAGUAAAGUAAAGCAAAAGAAACAAAAAUCUAAAUCAAUAGUAUCAGGCAAAAUUGUCACCAUUGCAGAUGUGUUUGAUUCGGACAGUGAGCACUCAGUUUUGACAAAAACAACUGAAAAUUCAUACAUCGUAACAGAAAAAAGCCUGCCGAGUGCAGACGUGUACGAUUCUGACUCAAAUCAGUCUGAAAUUGUAAAAGAAAAUGUACCGGCAAGAAGGAACAUCAAUAACAGCUGCAUAUUCAAAGAAACUACACUAACGACAAGCACUCCGAACACAACAAAAUCGGUUAACAACAAGAGUUUGAAUACUACAACUGAUUCUGUGGUUGAUUUGACUGAUGAAUAUGUCACAUUGGACGAGACAGCCAUUAGUGAGAGUAUAGUGAUGGCGAAUGUCACAGGCUUUGUUGAAUCAAACGAUUAUGAAGAUGAGCCUACCGAGUCCCCAAAUCCAGACUUGGCAAAGUUAGGCUCCACGAAAAUACCCCCAAUUUUGUAUGACAAUCUUGAUUUCGACAAUCUGAAGGGUAACGAGAAGGUGUGCAAGCGGCGUAAGUACUCGCUGACAACUCUCCGUGCAGAAAUGGAAAAGUUCUACAAUGAGAGCUGGGGCGGGGAAGAUUUCAACCACAGGGAGAUACAGAAAUACAUGUCACGGGAUAAAAAUUUGUGGGUUAUCGACCCUAAAGACAGGACGCCGGGCCUAACCAAAAGAAGACAAACUUGUCACUAUUGCGACCGUCCUGGCCAUAGAGACGACACCUGCAGAUUUAAGCCUGCGGUGUGUUACAUGUGCGGCUCCACGGGACACUAUGAGCCGCGAUGCCCUGCUAAAAUUUGUGUCAAUUGUGGAUCACCAAAUCAGAUGUAUUCCUCGAUGUGUCGCAACUGCUCCUCGUGGCAUCGGAUCACUUGCGCGGAGUGCGGUCAGCUCGGUCACCCCGCCUCGCACUGUCCCGAUCUGUGGCGCCGCUACCAUAAUACGAUCGAUAUCAACAUGCCUCUGGAAGAGAACCGUCAAUUUAAGAAAUAUAAUCAACAAUAUUGCAGUGGGUGUACCCGUCGUGGCCAUUUAGUACACACUUGCCGCGUAACGAUACCGUUCUCAGGCCUUCCGAUCAAUUCACCAUAUGUCUCGGCUUAUCGACCAUUAUAUCUACCUACUAACGAUAAUUCAGAAAAUACGAAUAGUCAAGAAGAGGGAACACAGACACCUAAGAAUAAUUCACAAGACACGUCAUUUUCAUCAUCCAAUUCUAAAUAUUCACGAAAUAAACGUCAAUCGAAAUCCCCGUGCUUAUACGAAACGCAAAAAGAAUUUAAAAAGAAAAAACAAACAUCGCUCUCGGAAACAUCAGAAUUUAAUCAUCAAGACAAUGAGAGCACGGUAAACAAGAAUGGAAAAGUACGUAAUAUUUCAACAUGUAAAGACGAUAAUGACACUGCUAAUCUUAGUGUCAAUAGUGAAAAAGCGCUUGAUUUUAUUCCAAUUUCACCUAACAAUCGCGAUAAAAAAGGUCACAUGAUCCAGGACAAUGAAGUGUCGGAUACGAGCGAUGUAGUAACUCUAGCCAGAAUAUAUAUCACUAAUGAUAUUGUAGAGAAACUCAAAACAGUAGAGGGCCAAGAGUGGUUGAAUAAAACUUCGAAUAUGUAUGAUGUUAUUGUUCAAAAUUCUGAUCUGUCAUCCUUUUUGACCAUAAAAGGGAAAGUAGCCGACCAAGAAUCUUUCCAAACAGAAUUACGUAACUGGACAUCAUCAAUUUCAAAUAAUGAACAUGAACAUAAUAGUAAUAAAGAAGCAAAUGCAGGCGAGACUGCUUUAAGACAUAUACCCAAAAGUAAAAAACUGGUAUUGAAAGUAAUUGGUCGAGCUUUAGAUUCACUAAAUGAUGACUUGGGCGAACCAAAUGAACUCUAUAAAAGGUUGACUUAUCUGCAAAAGCAACGCAAACUUUUGCUGAAGCAAAAAGUCAUAAGUGCAGAUAAACUUUCUAACAGCACCGAUAAUUUAAAAAUGGUUCUAAAAAAACUGAAUAUGGUACUUCUGGGCCAAGCAGGCCUCGCUAACGGCCGAAAAUCGUUGAGAAAAUUACACGCUCUGCAGCAAAAAGUUAUACAGCUGAGUGGAAAAACAUUGCCGGUCAAGCUACGGAAAGAAAUCGCGCAACAUUAUCAAUCGAUUUUUGUUGCAAUUGAACGAAAUGACUACUCGGAACUUUUACAAAAAUACCAAGGUAGCAAUGACACACUGAAUCGUAAUAAAAUUGAUUUACAACACAGUAAAACAGAAAAUCAUGAAAACAACAGCAACAUUUCGCCUCGAUCACCUAAUCCUGCUACUCACGAGCCUGUUCAAGAAAACUCCCCUUUAUCAGACACCAACGUUAUAAAUAAAGUUCCGCAUGGUGCAUUAUCCAAUUUAGUAUCAUACCGCCAGAAGGUACGAAAAUUUCACCCUAAGGAUAAAUUACAAAAAAAUUAUCGAAACAACUUAUUACGAAGAUUACACAUUUUCAUAAACUGUCUUUUCCGGAAAGAACAAGUGAACGCAAAACUUGCGAAAAAAUUGAAGAGAGUACAAUUGGAUGCUUGUCGGUUUUUAAUGUCCAAUGUAUAGAUCAUGACAAAGCGGAUUGCAUAUCGUAUAUCGAUAUUAUAAUAUAAGCUAAACAGCGCACUGUUGUGCUGCGUUGCAUGUGCACUGGCAAGUAAUAUUUUGAUCCCAUAAAUCCAUGGGACAAAUUUAUGUUUUUCUGUAUACUUGUCCGGGGUAAUAGCACUUCAUUAUAUGUUGUGCAUGUGAAAUAAACUUCUUAGUGUAAAGCA